AUGACCAGUACUUGUGUCACGCGAUUCAGUGGAACGCUCCGUCAAGUUAUAUUCGUAAGCAAGCCGUACACGUAUGAGGUCUCAUUGCUGGUAACCGACACGAAUUUAGUUUCGUUUAAACCCAAUAGCACAAUGCACAAGGUUCACCACAUGUUGCUGUUCUCCUGCGUUGUCCCCGGCUCGUUCGAUGAGAUAUGGGACUGCGGAGAAAUGUCCGGAACGUUUGCCGAAGGCAGAUAUUCCACGGCACCUGUUUGCAGCGCCGACUACCCGAUGAACAUGCAGAUCAUUUACGGAUGGGCCAGAGACUCGCCGGCCCUCAAGUUGCCUGACGGUGUUGGCUUUAAAGUCGGCAAAGACACAGCAAUGCGGUACCUUGUCCUACAAGUUCAUUACAUGCAUCCGUUGCAAGACACGUUCGACAUCGAGUGCGUGAUCGAGGAAGACCUGAAACUGCACCCGUUCGCCUUCCGAGUACACGCUCACGACCGAGGACGAGUUGUGUCCGGAUUUAGAGUACGUCGUAAAAUAUUUUACAACGGCGACUGGAGAGACGAAUGGGAACUGAUCGGCAAGCGAAACCCGAAAGAUCCUCAGAUGUUUUACCCAGUUCACAAUCUGAACAUGGUCAUAGAACAGGACGAUGCGGUGGCUGCUCGUUGCGUGAUGGAAAAUAAAGAGUCCCGACCAAUAUCGAUAGGGAGCACGGGUGAGGACGAAAUGUGCAACUUCUAUUUGAUGUACUGGGUUGACGGCGAUCAGACUCUGACGAAGAACAUGUGCGCGUCGCACGGCCCGCCUCUGUCCUACUGGAAUUUCCGGUCGAUUCCAGAAAAGGAAGCCAAUACCUUGAAAUAA